GUCAUUCAGUUGCUGCUUAUCACUUAUGGCGAGGAAGACGUCAAGCAGCAAUUUUGAGAAGAUAGUGCGAAACACAGGAAUUCGAAAGAAAGGUAUAUCUCGCUCCUCGGCAUACGACACUUAACCUCCAAAUCCGAACUACGAUAUUCAACCCACGGCCCACGACUCACGAUUUGUUAGCACAUCCUUUCACGUGAACGUCAUUCUCAAAUCAUGAAGGAAUCCUUGCUUCCUAUUGGCUCAUGCUAGUCUUUCCUAUGUCAUAAAUAGUUGGCAAAUAAUCAUAACGUACUUUGUCUGCAACAUCUCUAGUCCUUCGUCUAUUUAAAGAUACUUACUUUAAUAUCGAAUCUCGCGUUCUUGGUUCUCCAACUGGUAAGUUUUAUUCACAAAAAAGUUUAGUCAUUAACAAGCACUUGAUGGCAAUGUGUCAACUUAAAAACAUUGGAUUAAACUCGCGGCUUCGAAUUCUUAGUUCUCGCUGAUAAUAAAUUAUUGAACCGAUAUUUCCAUGGACAUUUUACAUCGAUUUUGGUUGAAUUUUAUUAACUGUAUAUUGUGGUGUGUGUGUUCAUAGCAAAUUUAUUAUUCAAUAAAUGAUUAUUUUAUAGUUUACCGAGGGGUUUACCUCAUCCAUAUUAUUGAUGACGUUUGUCAAAAAUGUUCGUUUUGCUUUUCUAUAUAGAAAGCAAGAAUUGACUUUGAUUGUCGAUUGUCCGAUGUGCUGAUUCAUAUUUAAUGUGUCGAAUUCGACAUUUAUUCGUUUUAAAUUCACAAAAUGUCGAUUUUACUAAUUGGUGCUUAUCUCAAAACUGCGUGAGAGAACUGCGUCUAGUGUAAAUUUAUGGACAAAAAUUACAUGCCUAAAAUUUUCAUCGAACAUUUCUUUUUAAUAAAGCUCUUUCAUGUUAAGAUCUGAAAAUGAUGUUAUCUUAAGAACGAGUUUUGUGACUCUGUAAUCAAUGGAAAAAAUUAUCAUGGAGAGAAAGUUAGUCAUAAGCGAUUACAUUGAUCAAGAGGAGGUUCCCCUCGAGAAGGUUCCUAUUCUCGUUAACGACAGAGAAGAAGACAUGUUUCCGGAUGAAGAGAUAGGUUCAAUCUUUGAUCGAAAUGUAUUCGGUACAGAAAAUUGUUUCUUUGAAGUGGAUCCAGUGGAUGAAGAAAUAAAUGUCUCUAAAACGACACAAAGUAUCAGUGUAUUUGUUGGUGAACAUAAUCUACGCAAUGUUUUCAGUUUCCUUGAACAAACUGGUGACGGCAAUUAUCGCAAACUAUGGUAAAUGCUUACGUAUGUUGACUUUGGUCAACACCUAAUACAUUGCAUUAAAGCAUUAAUUGAGAAACCUAAAUAUGUUGUCUGCUUAGUUAUGGAAAUAAGCAUAAAUUUCUGAAUAGUUAUGUAAUUAACUGUUCUAACAUUAAAUAUAAUCUCAGAUUAUAAACAGAAAACCAGUGCAAAUUGUCGAUGUUAUUUUAGGGGAGAUAUCCAUUUAACUUAUUUUCUUUCCAAGUCAACACAAGUCGUCUAUCGAAAGGAAUGAACUGUGCCUCAAGGUAUUCGCAGUCAGAGGUAUUAAGUAUACAUGUGCAGGCUUCAAAAACCAUGAACAUUCUUCCAACUAAUCAAUAUAAACACCAGGUACAAAGAAAGUUCCUCCAAAAGUUUAUUUUUACAAAUUAUAAAUGCAUACCAGAUAGACAAACAAAGUGCUAGACUUAUAAUAACUUGCCAAAUGCCUUGUAAAGAUUUGGGUCACGUAAAGUGGUAUAAUCAGUUUCACAGUGUAUAAAUCAGUAACAUUAUUCGUUGGUUGACGUCAUCGAGUUAAGCAGUCUGAAAUUCUCAGACAAUGUUCUCUUAGCAGUGUUCCUUUAUAUUACUAAAAAAGGUGAAUGGGAAUUCCCAAGUAUUAACUGGGGAAUCACCGCUGAAUGAGAAAAUUGCUUGUACCGUGGUAAGUCUUACUUUGUAUUGACAUCUUUCCUUGUGAUGUUACAUCUGAUAAAAUAAGACAUUUGUCUGUCGAAUUUAACAAAUUUAAUUCAAUUAUUGGUAGAAACACUACGAUUCUACGGAUAUGAAAUUUAAUCUUUUAUUAUUUCUAGUCACGCAGAGAUCAUACGACAUUUUUCACGUGAUCAAUACUUUCAUUUUCUAAUAAAUUUAUUGGUUUACAAAAUACAAGGAAUUUUAUUGUUUGUUCGUCAUUCAGUUGCUGCUUAUCACUUAUGGUGAGGAAGACGUCAAGCAGCAAUUUUGAGAAGAUAGUGCGAAACACAGGAAUUCGAAAACAAGAUCAUAAGUUGCGCACAUUAUUUCCGUGGAUAGACGUCAAUAUAUUGUUACAGAUUGUGGUCGAGAAGGUCGUGCUUAAUAUUUUCAACAAAAGAGUUAGUCAUGAGCGAUUACACUCAUCAAGAGGAGGUUCCCCUCGAGAAGGUUGUCAUUCUGGUUAACAACAGAGAAGAAGACCUGUUUCCGGAUAAAGAGAUAAGUUCAAUCUUUGAUCGAAAUGUAUUCGGUACAGAAAAUUGUUCCUUUGAAGUGAAUCCAGUGGAUCAAGAAAUAAAUGUCGCUAAAACGACACAAAAUAUCAGUGUAUUUGUUGGUGAACGUAGUCAACGCAAUGUUUUCAGUUCGUUUGAACAAACUGGUGACGGGAGUUAUCGCAACCAGACAAGUGAAAUCGAACCGUACCAUCAAGGAGAACCAGAUUUUCAAGCUAUGCAGCUGGACGAUAGCCUUCUCGUUAACAACAGAGAAGAAGACCUGUUUCCGGAUGAAGAGAUAAGUUCAAUCUUUGAUCGAAAUGUAUUUGGUACAGAAAAUUGUUCCUUUGAAGUGAAUCCAGUGGAUCAAGAAAUAAAUGUCGCUAAAACGACACAAAAUAUCAGUGUAUUUGUUGGUGAACGUAGUCAACGCAAUGUUUUCAGUUCGCUUGAACAAACUUAUGACCGGAGUUAUCGCAACCAGACAAGUGAGAUCAAACCGUACCAUCAAGGAGAAACAGAUUAUGAAGCUACGCAGGUCGGCGAUAGCCUUCUCGUUAGAAAGAGAGAAGAAGACCUGUUUCCGGAUGAAGAGAUAAGUUCAAUCUUUGAUCGAAAUGUAUUUGGUACAGAAAAUUGUUCCUUUGAAGUGAAUCCAGUGGAUCAAGAAAUAAAUGUCGCUAAAACGACACAAAAUAUCAGUGUAUUUGUUGGUGAACGUAGUCAACGCAAUGUUUUCAGUUCGCUUGAACAAACUUGUGACCGGAGUUAUCGCAACCAGACAAGUGAGAUCAAACCGUACCAUCAAGGAGAACAAGAUUUUCAAGCUAUGCAGCUGGACGAUAGCCUUCUCGUUAACAACAGAGAAGAAGACCUGUUUCCGGAUGAAGAGAUAAGUUCAAUCUUUGAUCGAAAUGUAUUUGGUACAGAAAGUUGUUCCUUUGAAGUGAAUCCAGUGGAUCAAGAAAUAAAUGUCGCUAAAACGACACAAAAUAUCAGUGUAUUUGUUGGUGAACGUAGUCAACGCAAUGUUUUCAGUUCGAUUGAACAAACUGGUGACGGGAGUUAUCGCAACCAGACAAGUGAGAUCGAACCGUACCAUCAAGGAGAACCAGAUUUUCAAGCUAUGCAGCUGGACGAUAGCCUUGUCGUUAAAAGAGAGAAGGAAACCUGUUUCCGGAUGAAGAGAUAAGUUCAAUCUUUGAUGGAAAUGUAUUUGGUACAGAAAAUUGUUCCUUUGGCGUGAAUCCAGUGGAUCAAGAAAUAAAUGUCGCUAAAAUGACACAAAAUAUCAGUGUAUUUGUUGGUGAACGUAGUCAACGCAAUGUUUUCAGUUCGAUUGAACAAACUGGUGACGGGAGUUAUCGCAACCAGACAAGUGAGAUCGAACCGUACCAUCAAGGAGAACCAGAUUUUGAAGCUAUGCAGCUGGACGAUAGCCUUCUCGUUAACAACAGAGAAGAAGACCUGUUUCCGGAUGAAGAGAUAAGUUUAAUCUUUGAUCGAAAUGUAUUCUGUACAGAAAUUUGUUCCUUUGAAGUGAAUCCAGUGGAUCAAGAAAUAAAUGUCGCUAAAAUGACACAAAAUAUCAGUGUAUUUGUUGGGGAACCUAAUCAACGCAAUGUUUUCAGUUCUCUUGAACAAACUGGUGACGGGAGUUAUCCAACCAGACAAGUGAGUUCGAACCGUACCAUCAAGGAGAACCACAUUCUGAAGCUAUGCAGCUCGACGAUAGCCUUCUCGUUAACAACAGAGAAGAAGACAUGUUUUCGGAUGAAGAGAUAAGUUCAAUCUUUGAUCGAAUGGAUUUUCAAUCAUUGCAGCUCGUCGUCAGCCAUUUCGUUGACAACACAGAAGAAGAUACGAUGCAUAAUGAUAAUGACCCUGAAAAUUGGUUCUACUUUUCUUUCAGUGAAAGAUACGAAGAGCUCGAUUUGAUGUCAACGAUUUCAGAACUUUGACUAUUGAUACUUGACAUGGCAUGUAUAGCCUCUGCCCUUUAGUAACUGUCGUCUUUAUAAAAUGUUACCAUAAGCAUUACUGUUGCAUUAUUACAGAAUAGUGUAAAUUAGAACGUCAUGAACACGUAAAUCUAUGGUAAAUACUUACCUACUUAAGUAUGUUGACUUAGGUCAACACCUAAUUGAUUGCAUUAAAGCAUUAAUUGAGAAACAUAUGUAUGUUGUCUUCUUAGUUAUGUGAAUAAACAUAAAUUUCUGUAUAGUUGUGUAAUUAACUGUUCUAACAUUAAGUAUAAUCUCAGAUUAUAAACAGAAAACCAGUA